AUGGAAUCACAUGGUCCUGCAGCUCCAAGCCUAUACCAGAACAUUAGCCGAGCCGACCUCCUAGCUAAAGCAGAGCGGCACCUCUUCUACCAUGGUACGAGCUUCCACAAAGAUGUCAUUGUUGGAGCCGCGGGACUUUACAUAUUUACUUCCUCUGGUCACCGCAUCCUAGAUUGGACCUCUGGACAAAUGUCAUGUCUCCUGGGCCACGGGCACCCUGCUGUUGUCAAAGUCAUUGUUGACCACGCCAUGUACCUGGACCACCUACUCUCGGGGAUGAUCUCCCCCCCUGUCAUUUCCCUUGGAGAGCGCCUCUGCAGUGCUCUGCCCCCCGGGCUCGACAAAGCUAUUUUCCUCUCCACGGGAGGCGAAAGCAACGAGGCAGCCAUCAAAAUGGCGAAGAUGUUUACUGGGAAGUUCGAAAUAGUGGGCCUGGGGGCCUCGUGGCAUGGUAUGACUGCCCAGGCGGUGGGGUCUCAAUACCACUUCGGACGAAAGGGCCAUGGGCCUCUAAUGCCUGGAAUGCUCAUGCUACCGGCCCCCAAUGGCUAUCGAUCUGUGUUCCGCAAAUCAGAAGACGGCAGUUACGACUGGGAGGCCGAGCUUGAUUACGGCUUCCGAAUGAUUGACUUGCAAUCCUGCGGGUCGUUGGCUGCCUGCAUUGUCGAGUGCGUCCAGAGCUCAGGGGGCAUGCACGUCUUGCCAGAUGGAUACCUCAAGGCCUUAAAGAAGCAUUGCGUACAAAGGGACAUGCUCCUUAUCAUUGAUGAAGCGCAGACGGGCGUGGGCCGCUGCGGUAGUUUCAUGGCAUUCGAAGAACAUGGCGUCAUCCCAGAUAUUCUUACCCUUUCCAAAACAUUGGGAAAUGGGCUUCCCCUCAGCGCUGUGGUGACAGGCGGAGAGAUUGAACGCGUUUGUAAAUGUAGGUUUCACAGGGGGUGA